AUGGGGAACAUAACCUGCGUCCCCCAGGCACCUGGGGCGCUCCGCAGCUCCUUCCGAAGGAAGCCCUCGCUCAAGAAGGAACAAAGUGGGAAGAAAAAGCUGCCCAGCUUUUUGGGGCUGGAAGGAGGGAAAGAGAGAGACACAACCUCAGAAAACAUCCUGCAGUAUAUUCCAGGAAAGAACAUUCAGAACCAAGAGAACCAGAAAGAAAACCUGGACCAGAGGUUCCCCAGCCUGUUCAAGAAGGGACGAAGGAAAAUGGUGGUGAGGAACAUGGGCAAAAUGAUCUACUACUCCAAGGUCAAGUUUAAGUUCCAGCACUGCCAGGAGGUGAACGACUGCUUCUUGGAGCUCUUCCAGUCCUACCUGUACUUCCAGUCUGUGGGCUCCAACGGGCUCACCUACCAGGGGCUGCUGCCUUUGAAAGAGCUGAGUGUGUGUGAGAUCACCAAGGGGCAGAGCUCGGGGCUGGGGGACUACGCGUUCCGCAUUGCAGGUCCUCUGCUGAAUCCCCUUAUCAUCUUCUGCCCUACUGAGUCAGACCUGAAGCAGUGGCUUUAUCACCUGGAGAAGCAGAUCCAGCUGAAUGGAGGGAGCCUUGGCUUGCCCUUCCUGUCCCAGGACUGGAAGCAGAGCUCCGUGGGGAAGGAGGAGCUGCGGUGGUCCGUGCAGAACAUGCCCGUCCAGGAGUGGAGAGGGACCCAGAGGGAGUCCCUCGGUGAUGUUCUCUGUGUCUCCAAAGUGAAGCUUCAGCAUCUGCCUUUCCAGGAGCAGCAUGACAGGCUGCUGGUGCUGUACCCAUCCACCCUGGUGAUAGUCUCUGAAGAGCACAACGGCCUCUGUUUUAAGGGUGAGCUGCCACUCAAUGCCAUCCAAGUGCUCUUUGAAGAGAAUGAGAAAACCUCCUUUUUAAUAGAAGGCAGGCUGAUCAACUCCAUCCGGGUGAUCUGCCGCAGCUACGAGGACUACCAGGAGUGGCUCUACUGCCUCAAAACAGCUCAGUUCCGCAACGCUGACUCCUCCCUCUCGGGAUCAGAGAGCUUCUCAGCAUCAAAGCCACCACACCCCAGCCAGUUUGCUGGCAGUGGGAGAGGGUCCCUCAGCUCUGACGGCCGCACCAACUCCUGGGCAUCGGCAGGGAGGGUGCCCACCUUCACCCACCUGUCCCACAACAGUGGCUCCUUCCCCGAUGGACAGUCCCUCCUGAUGAUGGCUGAGAGCAGGCCACUUGAAGACUCCCUCUCCCCUGGCUAUUCCCAGCCUCUCCAUUGCCUGGCACAAGCAGGCUGGCCAAAAGCAGGGCUGCCCGCACAGGACCUGCGGAGGGGAGGCAGUGCCAGGAAGUCCAAGCCUUGUAUCCAGCAGCUGCCCAGCCAGGACUCUGAGAGGAGCAUCUGCAGCCUCAUUGCUGAGAACCCCAGCGCCGAGCUGCUGUCCCCAGUGUACAGGGAGCCCUACUCACAGCACCACCCCCCAGCGCCCCACACACACCUGGACCUCAGCAGCCUGAACAGAUGGAGCCUGGUGGGGAGUCAACCCUCCACAGCUUCCAGCUCCCUGGAGAAGCCGACGGUGACUUGCUCCCCCUUGUACGCCGACCCCUACACUCCCACUUCUCCUGCUGCUCGCAGCCUGGCAGGCUCCAGCUUCCUGGAAGAGUUCCUGCAGUGCCAUGGCCAGAUGGGUUCAGCACAGACAAACGGGUGCCCAGCUGCCUCAGUACCCCCACACCUCCCUCUGCAGAGGAGGAGCUGCCAGCCCCUGCCCAGCAGUCACUGCAGAGAGGUUCCAGCUUACACCUCCUGCAGGCUCCAGCUGCGGCAUCCUGCUGAUGCUUACCUUGAAGAGGUAUCUUCUCUGCAAGAGGAACACCUGGGCCUUUCACUGCACCCACCAGAUGGGAACGUUGACACUUAUGACCUGCCUGAGGCUGGCUGCUCCCCCCUCGACUCCUCAGCCUACCACGACUAUGCAGAGCUCCAGAGCUUCCACAGCGACCUCAGCUACGACAACCUGUGGGAAGCUGAAGAGAAGGAGCCAGACACCCUGCACAGCUCCCCUGCAUCCAGCCAGCAGUUUUACCAGGCCUGAGGGGAAGGUCUCCACAGAGCAGCCCCUGGGCUCUUUUCUCACUGGGCUUCCCUCCAGCGUGGGGUGCACAAAGCAAAGGGAAGGGCCUCGCUCCGCAGCAGCCUGGUUCCCACGUCCUGGCAGCUCCAGAGCUCCAACUUCUCCCCUAAAUCUCAGGAGUAAGGCACAAAAGCCUCUGUGGACUCAGAGAGCAGGGUGUGUGCCAUGCCAAGAAGUGUGCUCUAUGUCUGUCCCAGCCCAGGGAGCCCUGGCAUUGCCUCCUCUCCCACCAAAAGGAAGAGCAGGAAGCUGGUCAAGCCCCCCCAGCUAAAAGGGACCAAGUGCUCAGACCCAGCAGGCACCCAGAGGCUGAAGGGAAGGGCAGGUUGGUGGCAGGCUUGCUUUGAUCAGUUUGCUUUUACCAGAGCCUCCAGGCUGAUCUCUUUGAGGAUCCCUGAGAACAGCUGUUGAGAGCCAAACCUUCCACCCUUGAGCUCUGAACCCUGCUUCAGAAACGAUGGAGGGUUGGUAGCAACAGCUGCGCUCAUAGCAUUGCCUUCCUGCCAGACCAGACUUAGCUGACAUCAGGUGGAGAGAACCCCCCCAGAGCUGGGCAGAAUGGGAUGUUCUUUAUGGGAUGUUCUUCCCACUUUGUGCAAGCUUCUUUCCUGCCAGUGCUGCCUCCAAAACCCAUGGUGGUGAGCCUGGCAAUAUUCUGAGCCUGGCACCUCGGCAGGUGAAACCAAGAAGUGUGCUGCCAGCUGGCUUGUGUUCACCAAGGUCUUCCCUGGCCAGGAUGCCCUGGACCCCUCUCAUGGGGCUGUGGAUUCCUCCUCCUUGAAGGUGUUCAAGUCCAGGCUGGAUGAAGGCUUAAGCAACCCGGGCUGGUGUAAGGUGAAUUUGGAACUAGAUGAGCUUUAAGGUCCCUCCCAACCCAAACCAUCCUGUGAUUCUAGGAACAUCUAGGCAAGGAGGGAAGGAAGAAAACUCACUGCAAGCCAAACUCACACACAGCCACAACACUCCUGGUGUGAGCUGCAACCUUCUCUUCUCCCCUCCAGAGCAGCAGCAGGACCAGGACACAAGUAACAGGGGACAGAGUCUCAGUGCUAUCAUUCUCCAGCCACUUUAAGCCAGAUCCUUCAGCACAAAGCAGCAAAUCCAAACAUUUUUUACCUGAGGCUCCAAAUUCUUAACCUUUGGUCCCCAGGGAGGCUGCAAAGCCAAACAUAACCCCUCCAAAACCUCUCUUUUUGGUGUUCUUUCACCGGUGCAAACAGAACAAUCUUGGGGGGGGGUGGAGCUCGGGACACACUUUUUGUACUUGAAUAUCUCUGUAUUAAGUUUUACUUCUUUGUUUGUUUCGUGUUUGGAAGGCAUCAACGAAGUUUACAGGCAAGGUUUGAGUGGAUUAUCUGUAUUUAAUGUGUAGAUGUGGCUGCCUUGGAGAUGUAUUUAAUUUUCUGGCUGUGGAUGAUGUGGAAUGGCCAUGUGGCAGGGGUGGGGGGGUGUUGGUUUGGGUCUUCUUGCUGUUUGUUGGGGUUUUGUUUCAGGUUUACUGUCAGAUGGGGAAGAAUUGUAUCCUAAUAACCCCUUCCUCCCCCCACCCCCCAAAGAAAAGAUCUAUUUAUUCAGAACAAAAGUGCCUUGGGGAGCACCAGAAGCACACAGCACAGUGGGAGGAAGCUCAGGAGCUUUGGAAGAUGGUCACCAUGAGCUUUUAACUUGGGUUUCAAGAGUGCUGUCUGCAGUGUGGCUUCUCCCUGUUGCUGGGCAAGUUCUCUGGUGCAUGUCUGUGUGACUGGAAAAUUGCAAUACAGAAUCUUCUGGAAGUUU